AGCAUAAUUUGUCUGUCGACUUUGCGUUCUCCGAUCCCCUCUAUCCUGUCAUUCAUUCAUUCCAUCCAUCUAUAGGCUAACGGCGUCUUUUCCCCGCAUUACACAACACCGCACCACACGCAUAAAGAUCAGCAACACCAAGACAAGACACAACUACAUGAAACUGCUGCAGCAGCAGCAACAUUAUAAAUAUUUUUUCACUCUUUAAUCACACCUCCACCAACACCAACACCCACACCCAGUUUUUUUACUACUACUUUUUUUUUUUCCUUACUUCACUUGUUUCUUAUUUUUAGAUGGAACCUAAUCAGACUCGUUUGGUCGGUGAUUAUAUACUUGGCUCCAGAAUCGGGCGGGGUUCUUUUGCCGUUGUUUGGAGGUCUAUACACCGUUUUUCCGGUUUACAAGUUGCGGUUAAAGAAAUUGACAAAAAACUGCUUACUCCAAAAGUUAGUGAGAAUUUGCUUAAAGAAAUUUCUAUUCUUAGCACUAUAAAUCACCCCAACAUUAUUCGCUUUUUUGAGUCUAUCGAGACUGAGGACAGGAUAUUUCUUGUACUGGAAUACUGUGAGGGAGGUGAUCUUGCUUUUUAUAUUCAACGCCAUGGGAAAGUGACUGAGGCUGUUGCAAGGCACUUUAUGAGGCAAUUGGCUGUGGGGUUGCAAGUGCUUCAAGAAAAACAUCUUAUUCACAGGGACUUGAAACCACAGAACCUACUUUUGUCAUCAAAUGAUUUAACUCCGCAAUUGAAGAUAGGUGAUUUUGGCUUUGCAAGGUCCUUGGCAUCAUCAGACUUGGCUGAUACACUAUGCGGCUCACCAUUAUACAUGGCUCCAGAGAUUAUUCAGAAUAAAAAGUAUGAUGCAAAGGCUGACUUAUGGAGUGUUGGCGCAAUUUUAUUCCAGCUGGUAACUGGGAAGCCGCCAUUUGAUGGCAAUAGUCAAUAUCAGCUUUUCCAGAAUAUUUUGACAUCUACAGAGCUGAGGUUUCCACAAGGUGCUUUGGAGGAGCUGCAUCCAGAUUGUGUUGAUCUAUGCAGAGGCCUUUUACGCCGAAACCCAGUUGAGAGGUUAACAUUCAAAGAGUUCUUCAAUCACAAGUUCCUUGGGGAGCCAAGGCUAUUGGUGAGUGCCAAAUCUUCUCCACUUCCACAAGUGAAAUCAGUGGCUGGGCAGUUUGAUGCGUCUGCUUCUGAUACAAGGUCUCAACUGGAGCAUGACAACUUAACAGUGCUGGAAAAGGUCUGUGACAGAAAUGAAAGUGUUCAUGGGUCUUUGCCAAAUAUUGUGCAUGAUAGGAUGGGGAAAUCUGCUGAUGGCAGCCAAUCUUUGUCGGAUCAGCUUCGAGUAGCUGAUUUAAUGGAGUCCAUAGAGAAGGAUUACGUUAUUGUAAAUCGUCAUUUUGCUUCAAUGGAAAAUUUCUCUUAUUACCUUGAGACAUCCCUGCAUGAUAGCUCCACCAGCAAAGCUUCCAUAUACCUGCCUCAGAAGAAUAACCAGGAUACAGUAGUUGCUACACAAACAAAGGAGUUUACUGGUAGUUCUGUUGGCAGUGCAAACAAUCCUGAGGUUCAUGGAUCAGAACCAUUAAGUGCGUCAUGUGUGCCAACUAUCUUAAGGGAAGCACAACGACUACCCAUACUACAUCCCUCGAUUAAGCUUCAAUUCUUAAAUCAGUAUGCACAGGAAAUUUCAGAACUAGCCCAAGAAAAGUAUGAUGCAGGAAUGUUUCUAGAAUCAUUUUCAGUUGAGCUUGUUGUUUUGGCUAUAUGGAAGAGAGCUCUCGAAAUUUGCGAACACUGGGUGGCCUCUACUGGAGGGAGCAAAUUACAUGAAAGCAGUUCAGCCAAUGAAUCUGCCCUUGUUUAUGGAGGCACAAAUUUAACUCCACCUGCAAUUGGGAAAUUGGAUUUUAUUGAGCCUUCAUCAGCCUGCAAGUGGGCAGAAAAAGGGUUCAUUCUUGCAUUUGAUCAUGCAGAGAAGUUGUCAAAUAGCCUCCGAGACAUGGAUGCUGCUGCUGAGAUGCCUGAUGCCAUGGAGCUGAUAUUCCAAAAAGCACUUGCUGUUGGGACAAGUGGUGCUGUAGAUGAGUAUAUGGAGAACAAGGGUGGUGCUGAUAACUCAUAUUCCAAAGCAAUGCUUCUGCUACAUUUUAUAAUGGAAGAAGCAACAUCUCUCCCAUUGAACCCUCCAUUUUCAUUAACUCCUGCUAGUAGGAAGCGAGUCAAAAGCUACAUUUUGAACUUGCAGUCUCGUAGGUCUCGCUUUUCAAUGUUGCAGCCAUUUCCUGAACAAUCCUCGGAUUCACUUACCAAGUAAAAUGCAACUCGUGUACAGCUACUUUUAGAAACUUUCCUAUGCUGCAGAUCACCAACACAUCACCUGGAAAUUAAGGUCAGAUGUGGCAUGCAAUUUUAAGUUUGCAUGUUUUGUAAAAUGGACGCGCACAGUAAUAUGCUAACAUGACUAAAGAAGCACUUUGAUGCAUGUAUGAUGUACAGAACAUACAGCAGACUCGUCAUCCUGGAAAAGCAAUAGUCUGUGUUUGAGUUGUGUAAAUAAGACAGAUUCUUCAUUUUUUUUUCCUGGAAAGAAUUGUGAAUAUGAGUGCUUGCUUACUUCAA